CCGCCACCGAGCUCGUUUGCGCGGCCUGUUGUGACUUGUGAGCGCGUGGCCGUCGUCCGGACCGUUCGACUGUUGGUGCAGUACAUGUGUGUAUUAUAUAGUAACAGCGUUCGUAUACAUAGUUAGGCGCCAUCGCGAAAUAAGGGUUUAUUUCUCAGAUUUUCUAGUCAUUUUUGUGGUAGAAGUGCCAACAGCGAGUGCAGUUGUCCGGACAGGACGAUAUUUUCGGAAGCGCCUAGACCUGCCUAGCAACACCCGUUGUACACACCCUCCUCAAACAUUUUCCCGAAUUUCCAGCCGGGAGCGAUUUUCCAGUUCACUUCCGUCGUAUUCGUAUUUUCCAAUUGACAUGGCCACCACAUCCUCGGCCUCGUGGACGACAUCUUCAACUAGUCAAAAACAAGAAGAAAGUGUCAUUGAAGAAACUCUGACUUGCGAAUCGCCGGAACCGAUGUCCUGUUAUCUGCACCACGAUCCCGACCAUCCCAUGUCGUCGUUUUCCGUCAUCAAUAAGAUGCGAGUCAACAUCCAACUCUGUGACGUUUCCCUUCGAGUCGGCAACAGCGUAACAAAAGCUCAUAGACUGGUGUUAGCCUCAUCCAGUCCUUAUUUUUACGCAAUGUUCAACGACGACAUGGCUGAAAAAUUACAAUCCGAAGUCGAACUACAUGACGUAGACUUGGGUGCUUUACAACUUCUAAUCGAGUAUACAUAUACUGGCCAAGUACACAUAACAGACGAAAAUGUUCAGGUACUGUUACCCGCGUCGUCAUUGCUUCAGAUAAACUCUGUCCGAGACGCGUGCUGCACGUUCCUGAUGAAACAGUUGCACCCGACUAAUUGUUUGGGAAUCAGGCAGUUUGCCGAGACGCACUCGUGCAACGAGCUGAGAACCCGAUCACACCGCUACGCAUUGCAGAAUUUCGAAGAAGUGGUGAAAACUGAAGAAUUUCUUUUUCUAUCGUUUUCUGAGGUUGAAGAUUUAGUAUCCAACGACAAAUUGAACGUUGUUUCAGAAGAGCAGGUUUUCGUGGCUGUCAUGGAUUGGAUCAAACAUAAUCCCUCCGAACGAUCUCAGUACAUCGCUCAGCUUUUGGGCCACGUGCGACUAGCCCAAAUGUCAAAAAUGUUCCUGUUGAACGUAGUGGAAACGGAACCGCUGGUGCGCAGCGAGCCCAGUUGCAAGGACCUGUUGUUGGGCGCCAUGAAGUACCAUCUGUUGCCGGACCAGAGGUCCGAUUUUGCUAGCAAACAGACCGAGCAACGGAGCCCGGAUGGCCUGAUGCCGUACAUAUUCGCCAUUGGAGGUGGUAGCUUGUUCACUAUACACAGCGCCGGUGAGUGUUACAACCCUAGACACGACCGUUGGCUGCCCAUCGCGCCCAUGUCAAAAUGUCGAAGUCGUGCGGGUAUCGUGUCGCUGGGCAAAUUGAUCUACGCUAUCGGAGGAUACGAUGGCAUAGUGGAUCUAUCUUCGGCUGAGUGUUAUGACCCGAAUUGUAACAGGUGGUCGGCAGUCACAUCACUAGGCACGAAGAGAAGCUGCCUAGGCAUUAGUGCCAACCACGGGUUGCUGUACGUAUGUGGUGGUUUUGAUGGAGCGUCCUGCCUGAGCAGUGUGGAACGAUACGACCCACUGACUGGCGUUUGGUCGUCAUGUCCUAGUAUGACCACUCGUCGACGAUAUUGCCGCGUAUCCGUCGUCGACAACUGUCUGUACGCUCUGGGAGGCUUUGACUCGACAAACUACCAGUCAACCGUUGAAAGGUACGAUCCGAGAAUGAGCAAGUGGAUGACUGUGCCGGCCAUGAGCAGCAGACGCAGCAGCUGUGCCGUAGCCACGUUGGACGAUAUGCUUUAUUGCGUAGGAGGCAACGACGGUACCAUGUGCAUGUCAAGUGGCGAAAGAUUGAACGUCAGGCGGAAUGCUUGGGAGCCCAUAGCCACCAUGCAGUGUCGCAGGGCUACCCACGACAUGGUCGAACUGGACGGCGGGCUACUAGUGCUCGGCGGCAACGACAGCAACUCGAGCCUGCACUCGACAGAGUGGUACGAUCCCCGGAUCAAUCGAUGGACUAUGUCGACGCCGAUGCCGACGCGCCGGAGCUCGGUGGGCGCCGCUCUCCUGUACUGCUUCAACAUGGACGGCAAGCUGACAACGGCCGCCGGCGCUUCGAACGCCGCCGCCGUCAUGAGUGGAGGCGUCGCGAUGGUGGCCGCCAGUUCUGGAACGGCUUCCGUCACAAAUUCGCCGUACAAGUCCACUGCCACGUCCGUAUGAUUGCCGUGGUCGACCACCAGCGGUUGGCGGUCGAACAACAGCAACAACAACAACAACAACAACAACAACGAUUCCGAACGUUCUCACUCGUUGCCAAACUAGCGGGCGCGCACGACGGUCGAGACCAUUCUAUACAUAGACAAGAAUAAUUGUAUAUCUAAACCCGUAGCGAUCGCCUGCGACACUGAACAAGGCGAAAACAUUUUUUGAAAGAAGAAACUCGCCACAGCGCAGUUAUAGUUGUGCGCAUAUAUAUAUAUUAUUAAUUAUAAAUGUAUUAUCUUGAAAUUUGACUUGGUAGGUACCUAUUUUGUACUCACAUUAGCGAGUUCCAUUCAUUGUAUCCCUCUCUAUCUUUCUGCUUGCUGCCGAUGUCGUUUACAAUUUUACAUCGAUAUCCGAGUAUCCUGCGUUAUAAUAUAUUUAUAUUAUAAAUAUUACGGCUGGACUCGGAACGGUGCGGUUAAUCGCUUGUUCGCUUAUGAACAUUUACUUAUAUAAUAUUAUGAUACUAUAAAAUAAAUGUUAUAUGUUUAUAUGAAUAACAUACUUAUAUACUUACAUUCAAAAACCCAUUUUUGAACGGACAGUCAAAUUACCAUUUUGUUUGGGGGACCAAAAUUCUCGUCCAAUGUAAAUUACGCAUGCGAUUUUUAAAAGCUGUACCUAAAUAUGCCUACUUAUUUGUUGAUUUUUAUUGGUUCCUAAUUAAUUUACCAUUUUUUUUUUGUUAUUAUUAUUUAAGCACAUUUUUAUAUUAUACAUAAUAUACCAGCAGAUUUAACGUGUGUCCUUUUAUAUAUUUAGCUCAUCAAUUUGUUUUUUUUUAGAAUUUUUGUUAUAUACAUUUGUACCUAUUAUUAAACUAUUUACUGUGAUGGAUAAUAAUAAUUAUUAAUUUGUAUAUUUUCGCCUGUAAUAUUAUCAUUUCAGAUUUGAGCUAAGUAUAUAUACAUUUUUUUUUGUAAUAGAAUAAACCUUGUGAUAAUAGUGUUUUAAAACUUUGUUUUUUAUUGAUUUUAUAUUGUAUCCAGGACCUAUUUGAAAUUUUCCUUUUGUUAUUGAAACAUAAGUUAGUUGAAAUUCAAGAGUAACAGUGUGAAUGAAACAUAAGCAACAAAACAUAGGAAGGUUGAACCCUGAAUAUUACCUAUCAUAAGUCAUAACCAUAAAAAUAUUCAUGAUUAAAUUUCAAUUUCAAUUAUAUCGGUUAAUUUUAAUAUAAUAUCUUGAGUGGUAUAGACUAAUUAGGUAAUAGGUAUAACACAUGUUACAUAACAUUAGGUCCAUACUAAAUAAUAUAUUAACAUACAAUGAAAAUAUAUUAUUGUAUUCUUUAUUAAUUGUCUAUGUAUAAAGAUAAUAUAUUAAAACUAAAAGUACAAAUAGAAUAGAGAGAUAGUAAAAUUCAUCUUUUUUAUAAUUUAUUUGGUUUAAUUUAAUAAGUUCGAUACAGUUUUGUUUGCAAUACUGCCAAUAGUUUCAUUGGAUUGAACUCUAAUUUUUGUCUCAAAAUUUGAUACUAUGCUAUAUGAUCCGCCUAGAAUAAUCACAAAAAAUGUCACCCAACAAAUGUCUUUAAUAUACUAUUUUUAUUUAAGUUUUAAAUUUAUACACUUCUAACGAAGUACAUAUUACAUAUAAAAAAAAAAA